GAUGCCAAAUAUUAUUACGCGUGUGUGUCUGUGGGCAAUAAUUAUCAUACACAGAAUUAAUUAGGCUAUAUGAUUAUGGUAAAUAGAAAUGGAUACGAUUUUUAAAUAAUAUUUUUUCCGUGACGUAAUAAAAAAACCGUGAAAUCUUUGUUUUACUUUUCUUAGUUUAAAUGUAUUAAUUGCGUGUCCAUAAUAUGUUUUAUAUAAACUGCUGUCAAAAUAAAACGUCACGAAUUUAUUUCGAAAGCCUUAAAACUCGAACGCGAUUCAAAACAAAGUUUUGUGACGCGUUCUCGCGGGCGCGGUGCAUGCCGGGAUAGCGGGUCCUCCACGCGCGCCUCCAUCUUUAAACCCCGGAGAAAAACAGCUUCCGCUCAGCCGUACACACGCAUCCUGCGCUCACAUCCACAUUUCUGACACAAUACCCCCAGAUCUGCGCCCUGAAGCGACCCGACCGAGCAGCAGAGACCCGGGGAGCCCAUGGGAGCCGCGCGCGCUGCCUCAGGAGCUCUUCUUCUGCGUUGACAUCCACGAAAACACAGGCGGAAAAGAUCGCGAGCGCGCACCUCUUCUUCUUUUGUCCAUCUCUCUCUCUCUCCGUUUUCUCUUCUCUCCCUCCGGAGAUGAGUAGAGGAAGAUGUCGGUUUCGGGACUGAAGGCCGAGCUGAAGUUUCUGGAGUCCAUUUUUGAUCCGAACCACGAGCGCUUCAGGAUCCUCGACUGGAAACCGGACGAGCUGAGCUGCCAGUUUAACGUUACCGGAGACCAGCUGCUCAUCAUUCACUGCAACAUCACGGAGUCUUACCCGUCGACGCCGCCCAUAUGGUUCGUGGACUCGGAUGACCCGAGCCUGACUCAGGUGCUGGAGCGGCUGGAGGAGGUCCGGAGGGGCAGCACGCUGCUCCUGCAGCAGCUGAAGAGGCUGAUCUGUGAUCUGUGCCGGCUCUAUAAUCUCCCCCAGCACCCGGAUGUAGAGAUGCUGGACCAGCCUCUUCCUGCUGGACCGGUCAGUCAGGACAGGAAGCUUGGAACGACAGAUGAGGUCACGUCAGAGGAGGAAGAGGAAGAAGAGAUGGGAGAGCAGGACAUUGAUCUGGAACACUACGAGAUGAAAGAGGAGGAGCCGGUGGAUGGGAAGAAGUCUGAGGAUGAUGGGAUUGAGAAGGAGAACCUGGCCAUCCUGGAGAAGAUCCGCAAGAACCAGCGGCAGGACCACUUGAAUGUAAGUGCUCACUCGGGCGCCGUGUCUGGCUCGGUUCAAGCGUCGGAUCGCCUGAUGAAGGAGCUCAGGGAGAUCUACCGCUCUCAGAGUUAUAAGAACGGCAUCUACUCCGUGGAGCUGGUCAACGACAGCCUGUACGAGUGGCACGUCAAGCUGAGAACCGUGGAUCCAGACAGUCCUCUUCACAGUGACCUUCAGGUGCUGAAAGAAAAGGAAGGCAUGGACUACAUCCUCCUCAACUUCUCCUAUAAAGAUAAUUUCCCGUUCGAUCCUCCGUUUGCUCGCGUCGUUUCUCCUGUCCUGUCUGGAGGGUAUGUUCUCGGCGGAGGAGCUCUGUGUAUGGAGCUGCUCACUAAACAGGGCUGGAGCAGUGCCUAUUCCAUAGAGUCUGUCAUCAUGCAGAUCAAUGCCACUUUAGUCAAAGGAAAAGCCAGAGUGCAGUUUGGAGCCAAUAAGAAUCAGUACAAUCUUGCCCGAGCGCAGCAGUCGUAUAAAUCCCUGGUGCAGAUCCACGAGAAGAACGGCUGGUACACACCUCCCAAAGAGGACGGCUAGAUCCCAGAGUCUCUUCAGAUGGACAUCUUUCUGUCACCGCUUCUCCUCUCAUCCCUCGUUUUUAACCGGAGCCGAUCCUUCUCACACUUUUCUUUCUCCGCGAGGUAAAAAGGCUGGAAGUUUGACCCUCUGAAGUUCCUCCAUCAUCUCAGACGAUGCCAUGAUUCCAGCAGAGCGAUGCCAAGAGCCUGGUCUUCUGCAGCGUUCCUCCUCUCGUUUUUGCUUGUUUUUAGCGCGGCCGGUCAGAAGUCCUCCAUCGAGUCCAGGGUGAACGAAGCGCUUCAUCCAGCAGAACUGUCUGUUCAUCGAAGCCCUGCAGUCUCCCAGAAAGCAAUAAUGCCUUAAAAAGGAGGAAGAAGGAAGCGACUGAGCAGAAGUCAGUGUUCCUCCGUCGUCUCCAGGAUUGGUUUAAUCAGAGGUGGAUCUGAACACAUGAAAACAGCCCUUCUUGUGUGUGAAUAUCCUUCUUCUCCUCCGCUCAAGAUCCAUCCGCUGCUUUCUUCAGAAUCCUCCGAUGUUUAAUUAGAGCUGAAUUCCAGAAAUAAAGACAUCAAGCCAUAGUUUGAGUCGUCAGAUGUUGUCCGGGCUCCGAGCGUCUGGUGUGAGCAGUGACCGGUCUGUUUCUGUCCGUUCAGGCGCUGGAGAGUUUGAUGGAGACGCCUCCUCACUGUCAGCAUGCUUCGCUUUUAUUGCUUUUUUGGUUUUUUUUUUGUUUUGUUUUGUUUUUUUCCCAUUGUAAGUGUAAUUUUGACCAUGUACAGUACAAUUUGUAAACUUGCAUCAAGUUUAUGAAUAAAGAAUUUUAAGAAAUA